AUGGAUUAAUUAUAAAUUGACCAGAAGAGGACUGCAACUAUAGAUUUUGAAUAAAAUAAUUAAUAAAUAAGAGCAUAUAUAUGUAAACUUGAGAAGACAAAAAUGGUGUUAGAUUUCAAUGUUUUUUUAUAUAAAAUUGGAUGA